UUUGGUUGAUUCGUAUUCCUGAGAGAAUGGGAAAGGUCAGAGGCGAAGUAGAAGAAGAAGAAGGUGAAGCUAUUGUAGCUCUGGGCUCUCUCUUCAAGCUUACUCAAAUCCAUCUAUGGGACGAUGGGUCUACAAAUACUCAUUUAGUUCCUCUCUUCCAUGAACACAGUGGUGUAAGUGUUCUUUAUAUAGUUGAAUUUGUCUUAUGCUUCUGUGAAUUUUGGGUUCAAAUUUUGGUAAUGCAGAUACCCCUAAACAAGAGUGUUGAUGAUACUUCUGGAAUUGCGAAUAUUAGGUCUGAGGAGAUGGGAUUGAUGAAAGAGAUGACUGCUAUGGGUCUUCCGGUUUCCUUCCGAACAAAUAAGGAGUGGAAAAACAGAACAAGAGGCUACCAAAAGAAAGGGCUCAAGGUUCAAAUAAACGACGAGGCUAAUGUUCUUUUCGUAGAAGAAGACAACAAGGAUGUAGCAUCCACUAUAAAUUUGGUUUCUGAUUUGAAGACUUCUGAUUAUGCUAUUGGUGAUGAUGAGGACGUUCACAAACUGUGUGUAGAAGAUGAUUGUGUUCAAAGUACCACAGUCGGAAAAGAAAAUCAUGAUGUUGUUGUAGAAAGCUGUGUCUUGGGAAAUGAAGAUGGAGAGUCUCAGGGUGAUAACCAUGAAUCUAAUGAAUGGAAAGUCUACUGGGAUUCUUUCUAUGGACGGAGUUAUUUUUACAAUGUUAAGACACAAGAGUCCACAUGGGAGCCGCCACUUGGGAUCGAGCAUCUAGCUUAUAGCAACGAAAGCCACAACUUGACUGAAUUGGCUAUAGAGACAACAGAGAAUCAACAUGAUUCCCUGUUUGGAACUGGACCUGCCGAUAAAGUUGAUGCUGAAAAACCUGAUGAUCUUGGUGGAGUUUGUCAGAGUCAAUGUGAAACAGAAGCCCUAGCCGAAGUUAACAGUUUGGCUGAUACAUACCAAGAAACUUCUGUUGGAAGUCAACCUUUUGAUAUUACUACUCUUGAUGAAGAGGGAAACGGUGCAUCUGUUGUUGUCAAUACCGUUAGGAAGGCUAAGAAGGAGUCCAGAAGAUCUCGAGCCAGAAAGAAAUUACUCGAUUCGUACACAGGGACUGGAAUGAAAGGUGUUCUUGAAGAAUACUCUGCAAUCCUUGGCAAGUAUUGGUGCCAAAGAUACCUCCUCUUCUCCAGAUUUGAUGAAGGCAUCAAAAUGGACGAGGAAGGAUGGUUUUCUGUCACUCCUGAACUUAUAGCUAAGCAUCAUGCCGCACGUUGUAAUGAAGGCAUAGUCAUUGACUGUUUUACAGGAGUUGGUGGAAAUGCUAUUCAGUUUGCAUCAAGGAGUCACUAUGUGAUUGCAGUUGAUUUGGAUCCAAAGAAACUUGAUUUAGCGCAGCAUAAUGCUGCCAUAUAUGGUGUUGCUGAUAAAAUCGACUUUGUGAAGGGAGACUUCUUUGACUUGGCACAUAACUUGAAGGCAGGCACUGUAUUCCUAUCGCCUCCCUGGGGAGGUCCUGAUUAUCUUAAAGCAAGUACGUAUGACAUGAAGACAAUGUUGAGACCUCGUGAUGGAGACGCUCUAUUUAAGGCGGCCAUGAACAUUGCGUCAACAGUCAUUAUGUUUCUUCCAAGAAAUGUUGAUAUUAACCAAUUGGCAGAACUAGCCUUAUCAACAUCUCCUCCAUGGUCACUGGAGGUGGAAAAGAACUACGUAAAUGGGAAGCUGAAGGCGAUAACAGCAUAUUACGUCAGACAAAAUAGUUCUUAGAACUUAUAAGAAGACAGCGGUUUCUUCUCACAAAUUCGAUGCAGGAAGGCCACAAAGGGCGAAAGGUACCUUGCAAUCUGCAUUUGUGUCAGCUUGUUGAAUCCAAGUAGAUGAAAAGUGUUGUGAUCAUAAGUUAUGCGUUUGUAUGUAAAAAAUGUGUUUUGCCAACUCUGGGUUUAAGCCCAUUCGAUAUAAAACUCUGAUUCAGAAAUUUUGUGUUAUGCAAUCAAUCAUUGCUUCAAACUGUGAAUUGAAAAUGAAACUUGUGUAAGAAAACGAAGUGAGACAGAAGUGUUUCUAAUUUUCUA